CAGGUCCAUGCUGAAGGUGUCGUCAGCCCAGCACUCAUCCACGCCGAAACACGGAGAAGAUGGCAGAGCUGAAGCUGAAACGUCUGUGUUGUCAUGAAUCCGACUGGUUAGAAGCAGGCGGUGAGCAAGGGUGGCAUCUGCCCCUGAUCGCAUGCCAGCACACUCAGGCUAGCAGCGUCCCUUGUGGCUACAAUGGCAGGUAAUUCGUUUGUAGUGUCCUAAGUAGCGCCUGAGGAGCUGUAGCGUGCUCCCUUGGGCUUAAAGCAAACACGCACCUCAUCCAUACCAACAAUACCUCCGUGACUUCAACUGCAACAUAAUUAUCACCUCUAAUACAGUCAUCAUCAGUAUCCAAACAGUGCGUUACUACGGUAACAGCAGUGCCGUGAAAUAAAUUGCACUCUGUGUCUCUCCAGUGCCCUAGAUGAAUGAAACAGUCCAGCAGCCUGACACUGCGAUGCUGCUGCUCCACCCCAAGUUCCCAGUGCAAUCCCAGCAUGCCUGGCUGCUCCCCAUUAACUCUCCUUCUCUGGUUGGCAUGGAAAUGCCUGAUAGGGAUCGACGAUAAAUACCCAAGACACAUCUAAAAGUGGUACACGAGGACGCCCCUCCCUUUAGGAGGUAUGGAGUUUGACGCUAUGAUUCUGGUGAUGUCACGUAUGCCUCGCGUCAAGCUGUGCUUUUUUCAGUAGAUCUGCCUUCUUGCUUCAUACGGGGAAGCGGCUCUGUGUUCCUGUGGUCAGGGUUAUAGUGUCCAACCUCGGGAGAGGAGAUCGGUGCUUGUGCGAAAAGCUAUAAUGUAGCUUGUAGUACUCAUGUACGGCCAGCAGGGGGAUAUCUUUCUGGACGUCUAUAAAUCAGGACGCAGCAUCCUUUUUAAUCACGUUAAUAUUUAAAUAACUGACCUUCAUUCUUAUCUUGAGACUCACGUACCGACAUCAAAACAUACAAAACUGAGCUUGAGGGUGCCGUGCAAUUUUUUAUGGUUUAUCGCAUAUGUUCUACUUUAAUAUUCAGAUGUUUUCCAUUCCGGGUACAGUCUUUGGAGAGUCUCUGUAGCCCCAGAAAAAUUUCCUAAAAAAUAAAAAAUAUUAUGUGUCAUUAGCCAGGCUAGUCUGUAAGUUUUUUUCACACCAGGCUUCAGGUAUAACACAGAGAAAGCCAAUCGCUGCCUCGAGCCUUCGGCAUUUCAACGCCAGCCUGAUGUGAAUAAACCCUCCUGCCGGAGAUACAGAGAGGGUAUAAAAAUCAGUUUCCAUCUGAGGCAGCCCGCAGGGGUGGACAGUCCGCACAGGGGCACAGUGCGACACUGGGGUUCCUGCUGCCGCUCCUACUGUAAUGAUGCCCGGUUUCAGUUCGCUUAUUUAUGGAGAUCAUGUUCCAAUAUGUCGCUCACAGUGUACCAUUCACUGUUCUUUUAUUAUAUCCGCAUUUCUGACAAUACCAUUAUGCCUGUCGCGCCUAUAAUGGAGGGAGAACUUGGAGAGAGACAGAAUGGGGGGGGGGGGAUUUAACAGCGCAAGGGAGGGAGCGAGAGAGAGAGGAGAGGUAGGAAGAAACGAAUUUGAGAGAGAGAGGGAGAGAGAGAGAGAGAUACGUUUGCGCGGACAAGCGGUUCGGAGGCAGUUCGAGGAAAGCCAGGCUGCCCGAAACGAGCCCUACUGCACGGAGGAUGCGAAACGUUUCCAAACACCAAUAUAUAAAUCCGGCCCACUUUAUACUGUUGCGGAGGCGGAUUUAAAAAGAGGAAACGUAAAAAAGCCGGAGAUUGGUGGCUGGUCUACCUGGGCUCAGGAAGGGAUGCGCAGGGUAGCACUGAGAUGUGAGCGAUGCCGCCGGCAUUGAGGAGGAUGCCGAUCGUGCCAUCUGCAAACGGACUGACAGGCUGAUCCAGCGUGAUCCACACAAAGAACAGCCUACUCUGUAAGUGCGCGAAGUUUGCCGAUGGCGCUGGUGAUGGAGCCGGUGAGCAAGUGGACUCCGGGCCAGGUGGUGGACUGGAUGAAAGGCCUGGACGACUGCCUGCAGCAGUACAUUAAGAACUUUGAACGGGAGCAGGUGGGCGGAGACCAGUUGUUACGUAUCACGCACCAGGAAUUGGAGGACUUGGGUGUGUCGCGGAUUGGCCACCAGGAGCUCAUCCUGGAGGCUGUGGACCUACUGUGUGCGCUGAACUACGGGCUGGAGACAGAGAACCUGAAGACGCUGUCCCACAAGCUGAAUGCUUCAGCCAAGAACCUGCAGAACUUCAUCACGGGCCGGCGGCGCAGCGGCCACUAUGACGGGCGCAGCGCACGCAAGCUGCCCAACGACUUCCUGACGUCCGUGGUGGACCUCAUCGGCGCUGCCAAGAGUCUGCUGGCCUGGCUGGACAGGUGCUACCUGUUUUUCAGAUCUCCCUUUGCUGCAGUAACAGAUUACUCAGUGACCCGGAACAGUGUCAUUCAGCUGUGCCUGGAGCUCACCACCAUCGUGCAACAGGAUUGUACUGUGUAUGAAACAGAGAACAAAAUCCUGCAUGUGUGUAAGACGCUGUCUGGGGUCUGCGACCACAUCAUAUCCCUGUCCUCUGACCCUGUGGUCUCUCAGUCCGCCCACCUGGAGGUGGUCCAGCUGUCCAACAUCAAGCCCACAGAUGGACUGGGCAUGUAUAUAAAAUCUACAUAUGAUGGCCUCCAUGUCAUCACAGGGACGACUGAAGGGUCUCCUGCUGAUCGGUGCAAGAAGAUCCAUGCGGGCGACGAAGUCAUUCAGGUGAACCAACAGACUGUGGUGGGCUGGCAGUUGAGGAACUUGGUGAGCUCUCUGCGUGCGGAUCCCAGCGGUGUGUUGCUGACUCUGAAAAAGCGGCCCCAGAGCACUCUGGGUGCAGCUCCCGCCUUGCUAAAGAACAUGCGAUGGAAGCCGCUGGCCCUGCAGCCCAUCAUUCCCAAGAGCCCCUCCAGCAGUGUUGCCACGCCCACUAGCACCAUCAGCACCCCUUCCAAGCGAGACUCUGCCCUGCAAGACCUGUUCAUUCCCCCUCCGCCAGCAGAACCCUACACACCCAGGGACGAGCAGGGUAACCUGCCUGGGGAUGACCUGUCCCGUCACCAUGGUGGUAUCCCAGUUGCCAAGGGCUCUGAGUCCCCCAACUCCUUCCUGGACCAGGAAUAUCGCAAGCGCUUCCCUCUGGGGGAGGAGGAGGCCAUGCUCUACUGCUAUGAGUAUGACAAGAGCCGGGGCACCCCGCCUGGGCGCCGGGAUGGCACGCCCACCUAUGGCCGGUUAAGACCCAUCUCCAUGCCUGUGGAGUACAGCUGGGUGCCGGACUAUGAGGAUCCAGCCAAGCUGAAGAGAGAAGGCAGGAGAGAGAAUUCAAUGUUGCGGUACGUGAGUGAGGAGCGGGUGCCAAGUGAGGAGCGCCACACCCGCAGCGGCCGGCGUGUGAAGCGCAAGGGCGAGAAGAGUGGCAGCCCUGGGCGCUACACCCUGCUGCCCUCCCUUCAGAUGGAGGUGCGCAGGCAGGAGUCUAUGUCCACCCCCAGCCCGGACUCACCCUCCCUCUACCAGAGCUUCCAGCAGUCCUCUCUGCCAUCCAAGUCCAAGAAGAAGAGCAAAGCUGGACCCCCAGCCUCCAUCAGCAAGCGUCGGGUGUCCUGCCGGGACCUGGGCCGUGGUGACUGCGAGGGUUGGCUCUGGAAGAAGAGGGAUGCCAAGAGCUACUUCUCCCAGAAGUGGAAGAAGUAUUGGUUUGUGCUGAAGGACUCCUGCCUCUACUGGUACAUGAACGAGGAGGAUGAAAAAGCCGAGGGCUUCAUCAGCCUCCCAGAAUUCAAGAUCGACCGGGCAAGCGAGUGCCGCAAGAAGUACGCCUUCAAGGCCUGUCACCCCAAAAUUAAGAGCUUCUACUUUGCUGCAGACGGUGUGGAUGACAUGAACAGGUGGCUGAGUCGCCUGAACAUGGCGGCAGCAGGCUAUGUGGAGCGCGAGCGGAUCAGGCAGGACCAGGGAGACCGGGCAGAUUAUUGGAGUGAGAGUGAGCAGGAAGAAAACGACAUGCCAUCAACGCCCAAGCAGGACAGCCCGCCCCCCCCAUAUGACACGUACCCCCGCCCUCCAUCGAUGAACUGUGCCAGCCCCUACCUGGAGCCCAAGCAUGCCCGGCUCUCCUCCACCGAGACAUCACAGUCGCGCUCGUCCCACGAGGAGUUCCGCUCUGAGCCACUGGGGGGCAGCAGCAGCGGUGGUGGCUCUCCGGCACGCAAGUCGGCCAGCCAGCGGCGCUCAUGGCAGGACCUGAUCGAGACGCCGCUGACCAGCGCGGGGCUGCAUUACCUGCAGACGUUACCCUUGGAGGAUGCGGUGUUUGGGGAGCCAGGGGGCGGGGUUUCCCCUGAGGGACGCCGCCAGUCCACACUGCCAGCCCAGCGCAGCCUGCUUCAGGACCACUACGGACCCUUCCCCAUGGCAGGGGGUGAGAACCUGCUGAAGCUGCCUGGGGGAGGAGUGAAGCCACGCAGUUACACCCUGCCCCGCGAUGGCAGCCUUCACGCCAUCCUUAGCCCAUCUGCCAACACUGAGCAGAGUGAUAUACACAAGCUCCAGCGGGGCCGGGACCACGAGAGGGACUCAGGCAGCGAGCAGGAAGGUGGCCAGCGGGCAGACUCGCUGCGGGACCUGUAUUUGGCUCUGGAGCGGGCCAGCCUGUCACCCCUGGGGCAGCCGCGGCCCUCUACACGGCUGGAGUACCGGCGUUCCUUCUUGCAGCGCAGCAGCGACCCCCAACUCAAUGACAAGCUGCACCACCUGCGUGUCCUGCAGAGCACGCUCAAGGACAGGGAGGGUGAGAUGGCUUUGAUCGACAAGCUCCUGUCCAAUCCCAAGCUCACGUCCUCCGACUUCCAGGAGUGGAAGAGGAUGUACCAGGAGAUGUUCAUGGAGGCGCCCCAGGCCCUUGCCCCAUCGGAGCGGGAAGCUGCCCCCCCCCGGGCCGCCACGCUGUCCCACACCCACUCCUACAUUGAGACACACGUGUGAGCCACCGGAAUGUUCCCUCUGUGACAGCCAUGAGACUCCUGGGGGGUUACAGGCUGUCCCCGUGCUGUAGAUAAACGCUAGCCACCCCUCCCCCCUUGGAGAGGGUGGCGCAGAGCUGGGAGGCACUCUGAGUGUGAGCAGUGCUCCUGUGAUUCCUUGUGGGGGGUGCUGGGUAUGUCCCUGUGAUGGCGCCUCGGGCUGGUCCUGCCAUGACGGCCCAGAGCAUCCUUCCUGUUUACCUCACUGCAGGACAGUUUGUUAUUCGUGUCCUUUUGUUGUGUUUGCCAACAUGCGGCUAUUAAUAUGCUGAUUUUUAGCACCUUCACUAUAGCUGCCAGAAAUGUUGCGUUUUCCUCAGUUUGACCUGACAUUGUCCCAUUAUGCCCAGCUCACUGGUUCCACUUCUCUGCUGGGGGGGGGGGGGGGGGGGGGCGAGCAGCAUGAGGCUUUGCUGUGUUUAAGGACCUGAGCAGCGUGAGUCUCUGUUAUCACGCUGACUCCUCGUUAGCGACGCCCCUGUGAAGCCCCCCCCCCCCAGUGGUCGCCUGCCCGUGACAGAUGGCAUUCAGCGUUCGUGUUGGGGGGGGGGGGGGGGAGAGAUCGCCCUGCUCGUUCGCUAUGAGGAGCUCGUCAGAGCCACCAUUAAUGAACGUUUUCCUAAGCUAAUGGCUCUAUGCCCUGCUGUCCGGGUAGGGGGGUGUCCAUCUCCAUAGCGAUGGGGAACCGGUGUUUCUGUGAGCAUGUGUCUGUGAGUGAUGUGUGGUGUUGGGGAGUAACUAGUGACAUGUAAUGGUGUUACAUAAUUAAAUUACAAAAUAAAUGUAAUAGUAAUCCGUUACAGUUGCUGAGAAAAAAAUAUGUAAUUAAACGUACUAAUCAAAAUGUUGGUGGUUACAUCCAAAUAUAUUCUUUUUGUUAAAAAGCUUAUAUGUAGUAUAAUAUAUAAUAAUAUAUUAUAUAAUAUUCAUUUUGUUGCUUUGCAUCUUUUCGCCGUGCAGAAAUGCCUUCUUUCAGGAUAUUUCCAGACAAGGCAAAGCCUUCGGGAUUUUCACCUUAACGGAAGUUUAAAACAUUUGUUAAAAAAGCAAUCAAAUGUAAUAAGUUACAUUACCUUGAUGAAGUCAUCAAAAUACUUACUUGACUUAGCAUUACAUUUUUAACAGACUAACUAAUAAUCUGUAACUUACUACAUUUCCCAAGUAAUCUUCCCAACACUAGUUGUGUGUGAUGGGCUUCUGUGCGUGUGUGACUGUUUUACACGCGUGAGUGUGCACAGGGUCGCCCCCCAUGUGCACGCUAGCAGCAAUGCUGUGGGGAACUGGUUUGUGUGAGUGAUACCUGCCCCCCUCACCCCCCCCAGUCUGCCCUGGAGGCUUCUAUCAUGAGAGAAUGUCGUCAUGUUCUGCUUUUGCAGAUGCAGUACCUUUGCUGCCAGCACAGAGUGAGCAUAUGCACUUUGUAAAGGCCCCUGUCAUGGUAUCAGCUUGUAAGUGCCACUUGAGCGACAUUAAAAACCAGACCCUCCUGAAGCCUGAGCCAAAUGCAUGCUGAAGGUAGGAGGCUCAGGUCGGGGCUUCUCCUUGAACAUGGGUGCCAAUGUGUGAGGUUCCCAUCAGGCGUACCUUCUUGGAAUUUACCAACGCAGACUUUGCACAGUUAGGCAGGGCCGUUGCCUUGGUUACUACCCCCCUCCCCAGUCUUACACAGCGCAGGUCUUUGUUUCUAUACAGUCUUUGCUCCCAGGCAUAAGCAGUUGUGUACAUGUGAACAUAUUCAACAUGCAACAUGCAGCUGCCAAGCUCUGAUUGCGAUGCAUGCCCUAUGGAUAUGACACAUCAUAUACACAUUGUGUGCAUUUUACUGCGUCCGCAGAAAUAUUUCAAGGGUGAAUUUUAACAUAAGCAAGGUGUUUUUUUUGUCUUUUGAGAUUGUAAAUAAACUGUAUUGGACCAAAAAGGUAUAUUCAGAGAGAUGAUAAGUAAUAUAUUUAGUGAUUUAAUUUAAAAAAAUCUUGUGUUGACAUUACAGUAUAACGACACAUUGAAUGAAUAUUUUAAUCAUAUUUAUUGCUACUAGAGGAAGCCUUGAAUGGUUGCCAUGCCGUCAAGCUGUUGCCAUGCAACAGCAUGAUUGGCAGCUAGGAACGAUGAUUCCUGAAGGUGCCUGCAAAGCACAAUCGAGCACAGGCUGUGGUGGGAAGCAGUGGAAAUGAGCCUGGCACAUGAAAAGAGGGUGCGUGUUAAUGCUUAUUUACUCUUCUCCCAGGUUCCUGCUUUUAAAACUCUUGUGAUGGUAACUGGAGUCAAUAAACUUACACUCUUUAAAUCAGA